AGUAUCUUGGGAUCCUGGCCCAAUCAAGUCAUUCCAGUAAAUUACAGCUCAUAGCAGAUUAAUGGAAUGCUGCUGGAAAGGCUGGUCAUAAAAGGGCUGGUGCUUCCUAAGACACUUUGCAGAAGAUAACACUAUGAGUAUUCCAUGAGCAUCUUCAUAGUUGAUUCAUUUCUUGGAUCAUCUGUGCACAAUCUGAAGAUGUUUCCGGUUUUGUUCCUUGUUAUUCUUCUGGCACAGACUUCUGUGACACACAAACCUGCCUCUGAGUCUGCAGACAUUGUCCUUUUGAUCGACAGCUCCGAUGCCGUUGGCAGAAGGGCUUUUUCCUCUGUGAAAUCGUUUGUGAACAGAAUAAUCAGCAGUCUUCCAAUAGGCCCGAACAAAUAUCGUGUUGCACUUGUGCAAUACAGCGACGAUGUGCACAUUGAAGUUCAGCUGGAUGACUUUAAAGCAAGGAACCCCAUGCUGAACCACAUUAAAAAGAGCUUUGCAUUCAGGGGUGGAUCUUUAAGAACCGGGAAUGCCAUACAAACGGUCCAUGAGACUUUUUUCAAAACCCCAAGAAAAGACAGAAACCAGAUUUUGGUGGUCUCAACCUCAGGGCGGUCAGAAGAUGCUGUGGAAGAUGCUGCAAAGGUAUUACAGGAUGAGGGGGUAAAGGUCAUAGCUUUGGGAACACUGGAUGCAUCUCUGCAAGAGCUGGAAGCAAUGGCUACCCACCCCUUCUACUAUUAUUUUGAUACACCGAGGGAUCUCCUAAAGUUUUCCGCAAACAUGCCCGAUGUCAUUAGAAAUGCCAUAGAAGUGGAUAUUAGCAUUUUCAUCUCAACGACUUCUCCACCUAGCACGGUCAUCUCAAUGACUGCUCCUCCUAGUGUAGUAUCACAUGGAGCAGCUUGGCCUUUAGCAGUUGCAGCAUGUCAUGACUAUUUAGUUGUAGAUGUCGUAUUUGUGUUGGAUGAGAGUAUUCCAAGCAGAAAUGCUAAAGAUAUGAAAGCAUUCUUAAAAGACACAAUAAAUUUGCUUGACGUAAGGGAUCGAUGCACAAGAAUUGGCCUAGUGACAUACAGCACUGAGCCAAAAAUAUUAUCUUCCCUGAACACCGAAACAGAGAAACUGGAUAUUCUAAAGAGAAUUCAGGACUUUUCCCCCAAAGAAGGGAAAGCUCACCUGGGUGCUGCCCUUAAUUUUACCAGGAAAAAACUCUUCACAGCGGCUGAAGGAAGCAGAAUGUCUCAAGGAGUGGAACAGUUGGCCACCAUCAUCACCCACAGACCCUCCAAUGAUGACAUAAUAGAGGCCGCUACUCUCCUCCGGCGGUCUGGUGUGACUGUAUUUACCAUAGGCAUAGAAGGGGCGAAUACCACCCAGUUAACUCAGAUAGCAUCAUAUCCACCAGAACGGUAUGUUACAACACAUGUCACAUUUCCUGAUCUUCCAAGUCAGAGUCAGGUUUUUCAAAAGAAACUUUUCAACCGAAUACAGGACAUACUCCAUGUCCAACGUGGAAGAGAAGUACUGCUCGAAACAGGAUGUGAGAGCACAGAAAAGGCGGAUAUUUAUUUUCUCAUUGACGGUUCUUCAAGCAUUAGUUGGGAUGAUUUUAUUGACAUGAAGACUUUUCUGCAGGAAGUGGUCCAACUGUUUACUGUAGGGCCUGAUCAUGUUCGAUUUGGAGUUGUGCAAUACUCAAACAAUUAUAGAACAGAAUUUGAACUUCACGAGUACACUAAAAGCAGCAAUUUAGAGAAAGCCAUUAAUAAUAUCAAGCAAUUGACAGGAGAUACAUAUACCGGAGCAGCUAUACGUUCCAUGCAGCCAUUGUUUGAAAAGGCAAGAAAGCAGCGUGACAGCAAAGUGCCCUGCUAUCUCAUUGUGCUGACAGAUGGAGAAGCACAUGACGGUGUACUGGAACCUGCCAGGAAGUUGAGGAAUGAAGAUGUCAUCAUCUAUGCUAUUGGUGUGAAAGAGGCUAAUAAAACACAGUUGUAUGAAAUCGCUGGCUCAAUGUCCAGGGUUUAUUUUGGGCACGCAUUUGACUCCUUGAAAGAUAUAAAAAAGGAUUUUGGUCAAAACAUAUGCUAUGAAAAAGCCUGUAAAGAAAUGAAGGCUGACAUCAUGUUCCUAGUGGACAGCUCUGGUAGCAUAGGCCCUGACAACUUUGAGAAAAUGAAAGACUUCAUGAAGAUGCUGGUGAACAAAACUGACGUUGGUCCCGACCGUGUGCAGAUUGGUGUUGCCCAGUUCAGUGACAUAAAUAAAGGAGAGUUCCCACUCAACAAGUAUUAUGCAAAAACUGACAUCAAUGCGGCCAUUGAGAGAAUGUCUCUCAUAGGUGAAACUACGCUUACUGGAGGAGCACUGAAAUUUGUUUCUGAUUAUUUUGAACCUGCCAAAGGGGCGCGGCCUUCUGUCAACAAGAUUCUUAUCUUGAUCACAGAUGGGGAAGCACAAGAUGAAGUCAGAGCUCCAGCCGCAGCUCUGAGGAAGAUAGGCAUCAUUAUCUAUUCAGUUGGAAUAUUUAAUGCCAAUAAAACACAACUGGAAGAGAUAAGCGGAAAAUAUGAGCAAGUGUUUUAUGUGGAAAACUUUGAUAUUCUGAAGCAGAUAGAAGGCAACAUCAUAUUUGAUAUAUGUGAUCCCCAGGAAGUGUGCAAAAGGAUAGAACGUUUAGAUGUUGUAUUUGUAAUUGAUAGUUCUGGCAGCAUAGGUGACACAGACUAUGAUCUCAUGAAGGAUUUCAUGAUUGGCAUUGUGAAUAAAUCUGAAGUUGACAAUGACUAUGUUCGGUUUGGAGCUGUGAAGUAUUCAGAUGAUCCACACACGCUGUUCUACCUUAAUACCUAUAGUAAAAAAUCAGCAGUCAUUGACGCUAUCCAGCGUGACAUUCAUUUAAGAGGCAGCACUUACACAGCCGAGGCUCUUCAACACUCAGAAGCUCUGUUCACUGAGAUGCGUGGCAGCCGCAAAUCGAAGGAUGUCCCCCAAGUCCUUAUGAUCAUAACUGAUGGUGACUCCAAUGAUAAGGAACACCUUCAUGAAAUAUCACAGAAACUCAGAGACAAUGGAAUUAUUAUCUAUGCCAUUGGGAUAAAAGGAGCAAAGAGUGAUGAACUUCUGACCAUGGCUGGAUCAAAAGAAUACGUGUUUUAUGUGGAUGAAUUUGAUGGGCUACAAAACAUAUCCAAGACAUUAUCAGAUGAACUAUGUAAUAUUUCAAAGCCAGAAUGUGACAUCGAAGCAGACAUUGUUUUCUUAAUGGAUGGUUCCAAAACUAUACCCGAUGAAGAAUUCAAGAUGAUGAAGAAGUUCUUCAAAGAAUUGGUUGACCGGAUUGGUUAUAAGAGCGAAGUACAAUUUGGCAUGGCUCAGUUCAGUAAAUCCUACCAAGAAGAAUUCUGUCUGGGCAAAUAUCAGGACAAAUUAGAGCUGAUGGAUAAAAUCAGCAAUGUUUCAAAGAUGUCUGAGAAAAAAACCUACAUUGGAAGUGCUCUCAGGCAAGUGCAGGACAUGUUCACAUCUCGGAACAGAUCAACUAGAUCAGCUAGAUAUGCUAAUCAAAAGUUGCUGUUAAUCACUGAUGGAAAAUCAGAUGAUGAUGUUGUUGAUCCAGCAGAAAUCCUGAGGGGGAAAGGCGUGGAAAUAUAUGCAAUAGGAGUCGGUGAGGUUGAUGAAAUGCAACUUCAACAGAUAACUGGCUCCCCAGACAAACGAUAUGAAUUAGAUGAUUUCAGUGAGCUGUCAAAUAUUACAAAACAGCUAGCUAAAAAAUGGUGUAAAAGAGAAGUUAAAACAAAAUGUUUUGUGGAUGUGGUUAUGGGAUUUGAUAUCUCAUCUCAGAGUUCAAGGGACUAUUUAUUUAAUAGUCAACGGCGUUUGGUGGCCAAUCUUCCUGAUAUUUUAAAGCACCUUACAUCCUUCAGCACUGUAAGCUGUGGCAAAGAAACAAAAGCACAGUUCAGUGUGGCUAUUGCCAUGGAAAACACUGACCAACCUGUCUCAUCAAGGCUCCAAGUUGACUUUAAAAAAAUCCUAGAGGAACUCAGAAAUGUUAAAAUCGGUGCAUCUCAUCUCAAUGUUGAGUUCUUGGACAGAAUUUGGAAUAGAGUUAUUCAGCAUCAUGAUCAAAACCGAAAUCAGGUGUUACUUCUUUUCUCUGAUGGCUUGGAUGAUGAUAUCGAAGCACUGGAAAAAAAAUCUGAAGAACUUCGACAAAGAGGACUCGAUGGAUUGAUCACCGUUGCCUUGGAAGGAGCCACCAACUUCGAUAAACUUCAUCACAUUGAAUUUGGAAAAGGAUUUGGAUAUAAUUAUCCAUUAACUAUUGGCAUACAAAAUAUUGCCAAAAGGUUACAUGAGUAUAUGGUCACAAUUGCUGAGAGAAAAUGCUGCUGUGUGCUUUGUAGGUGUGCAGGGAUGGAGGGACCCACAGGGCCAAGAGGCAAAAAAGGACCUCUGGGACAUGCUGGUAUUGAUGGCAGUCCGGGACAUCCCGGAGAAGAUGGGGAGCCAGGUGCCAGGGGAACUGUUGGACCAGAGGGAGAACAAGGUGUUAUGGGAUGCCAAGGCAAUCAUGGGCAGAAGGGGCUAAGAGGACUAACUGGAGAAACGGGAGAGAAUGGGAUUGAUACAGUUGAUGGAAUUGAUGGAGAAGAGGGAGCGCGUGGAUUACCAGGACUAAAGGGAGAAAAUGGCGACCCAGGCCAGCUGGGCAGCCCAGGACCAAGGGGACUUCCUGGUGAUGAUGGUCAAAAAGGCUUCCAAGGAGAUCCUGGUAAUCCCGGAGCGGACAAUUACGUAAGAGGAAGUCCUGGCCUCAAGGGGACACGAGGGAGGAAGGGAGAAAGAGGACCAGAAGGUUCACCCGGCUUUGUGGGAUCCCAAGGAAACAAAGGUGCUGAUGGUCAGAGAGGACGUCCUGGCCCAGCGGGGUCAAAAGGAACUCCUGGUCCAGAUGGUAGGGUAGGAGAUAGAGGAUUUCUAGGUCCACAGGGGGCAGAAGGAGCAAAAGGUGUGAAAGGAGAGAAAGGAAUUGCAGGAAGUGUCGGUCUUCAGGGAAACUUUGGAGAGAAAGGCUCUACUGGAAAUCUAGGAAAACCUGGAACUACAGGAAAUAAAGGAGAACCUGGGAAUCCUGGUACCCCAGGAGCAACAGGCCACGCUGGUCGUCGGGGAUUGAGGGGGGAAGAAGGGACUCCUGCAACUGGCAGAUCGGGAAAGAGAGGACCAAAGGGACAAGAAGGUUGUCCAGGAGACUUUGGAAUGCAGGGUGAUUUGGGAGAUAUAGGAAAUCCUGGAGAACCUGGACCCAAAGGGCAUAAAGGAAGAAUGGGUCCUCCAGGACAAGUAGGUGGAAAAGGUGAUCCAGGAGCACGGGGAAAUCCAGGACGUCCGGGUUUAAAAGGAGCAAGGGGUCCGUCUGUGUUUUCGCCGUGUGAACUCAUUGAAUAUGUGCGUGAAUUGAGCCCCUGUUGGACGGGAACACGAGAAUGCCCAGUAUAUCCCACUGAAUUAGUGUUUGCCUUGGAUGUAUCCCAAGAUACCACGCCCCAGCUAUUUGAACGAAUGAGAGAGAUUGUCAUAGGCAUUGUGAAUGAUAUCAAAUUCAGAGAGAGUAAUUGCCCUGUGGGAGCCAGAGUGGCUGUUGUAUCCUACAACUCCGAUACCCACUACCUGAUCCGCUUCUCAGAUUUCCACCGGAAGAGCCGGUUGCUCCAGGAGCUCAGGGCUCUUUCUUACCAAAGAUCAACAAGCAGACGGGACAUUGGUGGGUCUAUGAGGUUUGUCGCCAGAAAUGCCUUCAAGCGAACUCUCCAAGGUGCUAAUGUGAGAAAAGUGGCUGUGUUUUUCAGCAACGGCCCAUCCGACAAUCCAAGUUCUAUCGACACAGCAGUCCUGGAGUUCAGCGCCUUAGAUAUCCAUCCAGUGGUCGUUGCUUUUAAAAACAUUCCUGAAGUCAACCGUGCUUUUGCGAUGGAUGACACAAGAUUGUUCCAGGUUAUCAGUAUUCAUCAGGAGAGAGAUUAUAGUACAGCCUUACAGAGAUUACAGUCAUGUGUGCUUUGCUACGACAAAUGCAACCCAGAUGAAUCUUGCUUCCGUCUUGACCCAUCCCCACGGGAGGCCUACAUGGAUGCGGCUUUCAUUCUGGACAGCUCAAGGAAAAUAAGCCCUGUUGAAUUUCAGAAAAUGAAAGAUUUCCUGAGCACGGCACUCGACAACUUUGACAUUGCUGCUGAUCCACAGACCUCUUUAAAGGGUGACAGGGUGGCCGUGGUGAGCCACACUCCACUGGAAUUCAGACCCCAAACACGGAGGAGUCCAGUUAAAACGGAGUUUGACUUUGUGACUUUUAGCAAUAAAAGACGGAUGAAAAGGCACAUCCAGGCGUCUGUCCAGCAGCUGAAUGGAUCCGCUGCCGUUGGCCAUGCCAUACAGUGGACAGUCAAUAACAUAUUUUCAGUAACACCCAACCAGAGAAAAUACAAAGCUAUUUUCAUUAUAUCUGCUGGAGAAACAAGUCAGUGGGACAAGGAGGUGUUGGGCGAUGCAUCCUUGAGAGCCAAGUGCCGUGGCUAUGCGGUCUUCGUGCUCUCACUAGGGGCUGAGUAUGAUGCCGUAGAACUUGGCCAACUGGCAAGCGUCCCCCUGGAGCAACACUUGGUACAGCUGGGCAGAACCCACAAGGCCAAGCUUGGCUAUGCAGCGAAUUUUCUGAAGCCCUUCGUACGUCUCCUCAAGGGUGAAAUCAACAGCUAUCCUCCAGCAGAGCUGAGAGAAAAAUGUGCACAAAUUGAGCAAGAGAAGCCUUUGAAGGCACAGUUACAAGGUUUGGGUUUUGACAUUGGUGGGCCAAUGUCAAGUGGCGAUUAUCCUCUCAAUGCUGAAUCUGUUUUCCUGGAGUCCCAGCCUAUCCAUUAAGAUUCAUCAGCAGAGGACAUCAAACUGUUGUACUUGGAAAUUAACAACAUCAUUCAACUUAGUAAUUAUACUGAAGAAAGACAAUUCUGCACAAGCUUGUCAAACAGUACUGUCCCACACUAUUUUUCUUGUUUUACCCAAUAACUCUGAGGAGUCCAUUGAUUCUUUUGAUUAAAAAAAUUCAAAGGCAAAUAAAUUUCCAUUAAAAAAAGUUGCCUUUUUUUUUAAAAAAAACAACAACCAUGAGAUCACUCAUUACAUUUAGGGAAGAUGAAAACUGAUGUUUCUGCCAAGACAGGUUAAAAAUUAAGUACGCUUUGAUGCAAAAAUGUUGUCCUUGAAAAACCUAGAUUUCUAAAUACAACCUAUGAGCUGGUUGAAUUAGGUCCUCAAUAUAUAGCAUUGGGCAAAAGGCGGGAUACAAAUAAAUUAU